CUUCAGCUGGUCAGCAGCUCAGUUCUCCUCCUCCAGAUCUAACUGUCUGAAACUUCACACAAGUUUUUCACUUGGAUUCAUCUGCAGGUUCAUCACCUCAUCAUGUCGGUCCCUUGCAGAACUCAGACCGAUGCCAGGGUUGCUUUUCAGUCCUGUAAAAGUUCUGAUCCAAAAGAUCAAGCUGAGUUCUACGACAACUGGGUAGAAAACUAUGAAAAGGAUGUCACCCUGUUGAGCUACAGAGCACCACAGCUGGCAGUAGACUUCCUGUCUGAAAACUUCUCUGGGAGUCCUGAAGAAGCUCGGGUUCUGGACGUCGCCUGUGGGUCCGGAUUGGUCACUAAACUGAUGGCUGAACGGGGCUUCAGGCACUUUGUGGGAGUGGAUGGCAGUAAAGGCAUGCUGGAACAAGCUGCAAAGACUGGCCUCUAUCAGGACCUCAAACUGGCCCUACUGGGACCAGAACCACUGCCUGCACCGACUGAUACGUUUGAUGUGGUGAUCGUCACCGGUGGUAUGGGUGUUGGUUUAAUCCCGGUCAGUGUUGUCAGGGAGUUCUGCGAUGCUGCCAAACCAGGAGGUUUUGUCUGCAUUUCGAGAGGUGACCACACAACAACACCAUCAAUCGAAUACAGGAAGGAACUGGAGAGAGAGCUGCAGCUGAUGGAUGACGAGGGACUGUGGAGUCCAGUAGGAGUCAAAGAGACGGACAAAUACAUGGAAAACCCACAUCUGAAUGCUGAGAGAGUCAAGGACCUGCAGCAGGAGGAGCGAUACAUUAGCGGGAGAGUUUAUCUCUACAAGAAAUCCAUCCAUUAA